AGAAAAAAUAUGCCUUUGUCCCAAACAUUUUGGAACUCACAUAGAAAGUCAAAGCUGUGCCAUGCGCUGUUCAGUAUUAAGGUGCUGAAAUGUCUGGAACAAGUUAUUUGUCCUAUAGGCCUAUUGUAUAUACUCAGUAGUACACUGUAUUUUGCAACAAAGGGAGCGUUUAUUAUAUUGCCGCAAGAGCAACAUCGUCCCAUUAACCAAUUACUAUUAAAGGCAACUCUCUCCUAUAUGUCCAAUCAGACUGAAGGUCACCGAGGCUGGAGGCUCUGAUCACAUCCUCCGGAGAGCUCCCAGAAAUAUAAACCUUUGGUUACUUAGAGACGGUGCGCAGCGAAAACGACCCGUGUAAUUUUAUACAGAGAGGACAUUUUAGAACCCUAACAAGGCGUUGGGCACCUUUAACUAAUUCGCGAGAACUGCUAUUCAAAGAACCCAAUGUAUUUCCUAAGGAAUUGUUUUCCUCAAUAUGUGAGAAGACAGUUAACCUAGUCUAUUCAUGGAACUGUUGUGAUCACCAGGAGGCAAAGUGAGCGAGAUGCUUCAACACAAGGACUAUUAAUGAAACGUUUCCCGUCAGUUCGGCUUGAACACCAGAUGAACCAACAUGCCGAGUCGCCAAAAGAAAAUAAUAUUUUGUUUAGCUGGUCUUUUCAGUUUUGCCUGUGUCCUGGUUGUCGCAGCUGCCAUGGGAACACAAUUUUGGGUGAAGGGAACCGUUCUAUGUAAAACCGGUGCUCAACUGGUCAACGCCACUGGACCCGAACUGGACAAAUUCGUUGGCAAGAUAAGCUACGGUCUUUUCCACGGACAGAGAGUGAAGCAAUGUGGGCUUGGUGGGAGACCCUUCCGGUUCUCCUUUUUUCCCCACCUGUUGGACGUGAUCCCUGCGAGUCUCCACAUCAGCGUGAUCCUCUUCUGCUCCGUGCUCAUCGUCUUCUCCUCCGUGGCGUCGGCGUUCUUCAUGUACAACGCUUUCGGCAGUCCUUACGAAACACUGCACGGCCCCCUGGGCCUGUACCUGUGGAGCUUCAUCAGCUGUUUUUGCAGCUGCCUCGUGAUGAUCCUCUUUGCCUCCGAGGUGAGGCUCCACCGAUUGUCAGAAAAGAUCGCCAACUACAACGAGGGCAGCUUUGUGUACAAGACCUACACGGAGCGGUUUGACCGCUCCUUCUGGAUGAUCUUUUUCACCUUCCUCGCGCAUACCCUCGACAUCCUCCUUGUCCGCAUGGCUGGAGUCCAGUUUCCCUUCCAGGAGGCCAAAGAGGCGGACAUGAACACGGGGGCCGUGGAUCUCAUGUACUGAUGGCCCGUUGUUUCGGGGGCCCCUGACUUGGUGGUACUGUGACACCGGGCUUCUGCUGUUACCUGUGCUCAAUAGGCGUCUUACAGCAUCAGUUUUUCCGGUCCGUUCACUCGAUGAAGGACAAGGCAAAUCCGACCCUCUUAAGCCACUAAUUUCCCUUUCACACAGACUGUCUGUCCUUCACAUGACAACUAGAGACAGUUUCCAGGCAGGUGAUGUAUGAAAACUGUCUUAAAUCAUUAUGCGGCGGGCGGGGGGGUCUACAUUUUCCAUUGCAAUUGAGAGCUAGUAAUUACAGCACAGUUUGUCAUUGCAGAAGACCAGCUCAGAUUAAUUAUCACUCUUUUUAGAUUAUGCUUAUCCUGUGACAGUAUUCCUUCCAAGUUUGCUUAUCACUAGACAUUUGAAUAGAUAGAAACCACAAAAGACUGAACUCUAAAUGUGACGUGUCCUGUUUCGAGAUUGUUGUUCCGAAGGCGAGCAUUUCCUGCGAUGCACAGUAAAUCAAACAUAUAUUACCGAUUUGUAUGCAGCAUUUGUGCAAUGGAAAUAAGGAAGAUUGUAUUGUUGUUAUUCAUCUAAAUCUCUCUUUCUGCCGUCAUUAUAUUACAGAUGUGAGGCAGUGUAUCAGGAGUUUCAUUUGUUCACAAACCUGUACAAAAUGUGCCAAUAGUUAUAAUGUUUGGGAUUUGUAGUCAAUCGUUGACUUUUAUACCAUUUCCUGAGCAAAAGAGAUUGGCUGAUUCUCAUUUUUAUAGUUGUGUUGUAUGAAAUGGUUGUUCAUAUUUUCUAUGAAAGCUGUAAGUGCUGCAGUUUCUCCUUUGCGACACAGGAGAACAUUUAUGAACUGUAGUCAGACUCAGACUCAGACUCAUGCAAAAUGAAUUAAAUAUGGUGAACUGA